AUGGCAACUGUAAUUUCCAGUCAUUUUCCCACAGAGCUGCUUUUGAUACUCGAACGAGCAAUAGAAGCUCCUCGUUGGGUAGUAAAAGUAUGUCCUGGUGACGAAUUGGAAAAAUGUCUUCAAUCAACUAUAAAUCUUAUCAAAGUCGGUCACAUCGCGGAAUUAGACACGUCUUGUAAACGUUUUCUAGAAGUCUAUAUACCUAAUGCAUUUAGAAAAAUACAGUAUGAUUAUGCAGUGGACACAUGGUCAGAAAGUAUACAAAAUGAUAUUUAUGAAACUUUAAAAUUGUUCAUAGAUCUUGUGGCCAUUCGUUUAUCAUAUUCACCACCAGUACCAGUACAAUUACUAGAAACUUUAUCCAUGAUAUUUGAUUGUAAUAAUAGAUUUCAAAUUAAACACAAACGGAAACCGUAUGAUUACGAAGAAUUUGAAAAUAAAUUUGACUAUGAAACAAUAUUAACAUGUCAGCCAUUGGCAGAGGAAAACAGCUACGGUUGGUUACGUUCAUUAAUUAAUCGAUUUAUAGUCAACGAUGGCAUUAAAAAUAUAAUAAAGCAAUUUAAUAAUCAUUCUUUGACCGCUAAGGUAAGAGUCGACUUGGAACACCUACCGCGAUACUUUUAUAAAAUGCAUCAAUCUAUCUUUUCUAAUGUUCGGCAGCUAUAAACAGAUCAUUUCGGAUUGAUUUUGAUAAAGUUAAGAAUCGAACAAUCUAUUACAGCUAUCCCUACGACCUUUUUAAAUCAAAGUAAGAAAGCUGAUGUAAUAGUUAUCUAAGCGUGUAAGACAAGAAAAUUUCAACUGCAAAAAAUAGUCCAACGUGUUUCUCGCGCGAAACCAAUUUUGAUAAGAAUAGGCGCUCGACAAAAUGAGCUACCUCUCUCGUAAACCUAUCUCCUCCCUGGUUUUGAAAGUUUUCUCCGAUCGUCAUAUGCCAUUCGAAUCAGCAUUUAAAGGCGAACAAAAGUAUGCAUCGCUUUUUCCAGAAAUUUAUUUCAUUCCUGAGAAAGUAUAUUCUUUCUGAAUCAGGAACGAAAAAAUCGGAAUUCUGCCUGUAGUUCUCUAUUUUCUCCAUCAGAACUCGUUUUUUAUGCAAUAAAACUAUCAUAUUCGGAGUUUACGUCGUAAACCGAAUCGAAUGAUAUAUGUUUCAAAAUUUGGCGAAAAUCUCAGUAAUUCUUGGACGUGAAAAUUC